AUGAAAAUAAAAGUGUUUCCUCUGACAUUCAUCCCUUGGAUCCUAAAGUUGAAGUUCCUAAAAAUCAGAUAGAAUUCAAACAAAGAAUUUUAAAAGGCCCAUUUCAACCUAUACUAGACAUUUACCCAAGAACCUUGUUUAGUGGAACACUACGUAGUUUCCAAAAGUCAUGGUAUCAGCAAUUUACUUGGUUAGAGUAUAGUCCAGAAGAAGAUUUGGCAUUUUGUUUCCCUUGUAGGAUGUUUAUUGGAUCCAUAGUACUUAAUGUUGGCCAAUCUGAAUUAGUAUACUCAAAACUUGGAUAUAAGAAUUGGAAAGCCGCUACCUCAAAAUUCAGUUUACAUGAAAAAACCAAAAAUCAUUUAAAUAGUUCCACAUCGUUGAUGAAUUUUUUAAAUUCCAAACCUAUUGAUGUUAGUUUAGAUAACCAAAUAAAAAGUAUUCACAGCCAGAAGGAGUUAACACGACAAAAAAAUACAGAGAUUAUGAAACGAUUAAUCGAUAUUACUCUAUGUCUAGGUUUUGGUGGUAAACCAUUCCGUGGACAUACAGAAAAUAAAAAUGAUAUUCAUAAAGGUUUGUUUUUAGACAUAGUAGGUCUUCUACGUAAAUAUGAUCCUAUUUUCAAUGAACAUUUUAUAUCAGGACCAAAAAACGCUAUGUAUACGAGUAAUCAUAUUCAAAACGACCUAAUUUCAUCCAUUAACCUGGUUAUUAAAAGACAGUUAAAAGAUAUGAUACUGAAUGAAAAAGUUUCGUUGAUAGCAGACGAGACUAGUGAUAUUGGUCACCACGAACAAUUAUCGAUUGUAUUGCGUUACUUCAACAAACAAACAAAAUGUCCAGUAGAACAAUUUGUUUGUAUGAAGCGAAUAAAAGCAGUAGAUGCUCAGACUAUUUUUAGCUCAUUAAGUGAUAUUAUUCAUGAAUAUAAUAUCAAAUGGGAAAAUAUAGUUUCUGUCUGUUUUGAUGGAGCGGCAUCUAUGGCCGGGUGUACUACAGGAGUUCAAGCAAAAUUCAAAGAAAAAAACAUAAAUACAUUUUUUGUUCAUUGUUAUGGACAUUGUUUGAAUCUUGUUCUUGUUGAUUCUGUAGGCAGCUGCGUUAGACAUGCAGUCUUAGAGAAAAUUGCUAAUACAAUCAACUUAAAAUUAAAAACAUUGAAAUCUGUUUCUACUACCCGAUGGGCUUGCCGUUACGAAGCCGUUAGUGCAGUGAAAGAAAAUUACCCAGCUUUACUUAUCGCCAUUAAAGACAUUUCUGAAUCUACUAGACAAGCAGAUGUUCGUGCUAAAGGCUUAGGUAUAAUUCACCAAAUGCAAACAUUUGAAUUUGUAUUUGCAUUAGAAAUGCUAGACCCUAUACUAUGUUCUAUAUUAAAA